GGGUGGGGCUGGGAUGGGAGCCGAGGGGCCGGCUUUGAAAACCGUGCGUGUUUGCUAUCCUUACAGAGGCGGUCGAGUAUGGAGGUGUUCCCGUCCCCGCUGGAGUCCGCCAAGUUUAUAGCCGACAACAGCAAAGAUGUCUCCGUGGACGAUGAGGGGGCGCGGCGGGUGGCAGAGAGUUUGUUCGACAAAGCUUCGACGGCGGAGUUUGGGCUGGAGGGGUGGAAGAGCCUCCACGAGCUGAAUCCCCAGUCCGCCAGCAAGGAGGCGGUGGCAUGGGUGUUCCUGGUAGACACACUCAACUUUUCCUUCUGGUCCGAGCGGGAGGAGCAGAAGUACCUCGUGAAGUACAAGGGCAAAAUGUACAGCGGGUACUGGUCCCUCUGCGCCGCCGUCAACAGGGCCCUUGACGACGGAAUACCUAUUACUAGUGCAUCAUAUUUUGCCACUGUGACACUUGACCAAGUUAAACACAUAUUUCGCUCUGACACGGAAGUGUCCAUACCUUUGAUUGAAGAAAGACAUCGGGUGCUGAAUGAAAGUGGAACAGUUCUGCUGGAGAAGUUUGGAGGCUCUUUUCUCACCUGCGUUAAAAUGAGUAAGGGAAGUGCUCAGAAACUACUACAUCUAAUACUGGAAAACUUUCCUUCUUACAGAGAUGAAGCUGUAUAUGAGAAAAAAAGGGUGUCUUUCUACAAACGGGCACAAAUACUUGUGGCUGAUACAUGGAGUGUAUUAGAAGGCAAAGGAGAUGGCUCUUUUGAAGACAUUUCUAGUCUGACUAUAUUUGCUGACUAUCGAAUUCCCCAGGUUCUUGUUCACCUAAAAGCAAUGAAAUAUUCCGAGGAACUAAUGAAGAAACUACGUGAAGGGACAGUUUUCCAGUCUGGAGAUAAAGAGGAGGUAGAGAUCCGUGGCUGUUCCAUUUGGUGUUGCGCUUUGAUUUGUAAGCAUCUCUUGGAGCUAUAUGAGAAGAAGGGUCAGGACAUGCGUGACAAAAUCAAUGCGGUUUUACUCGACUACUAUCUUUGGGACUAUGCCCGGGAACACCGGGAGGAGAUGAAAGACAUUCCCUUCCACCAGGUGCGGUCUAUCUAUUACUAAGUCCAGCCCGAUGGCUGUUGCGUUGAUGCAUUAUUUGUUGAAUUAUGAUUACUCAUUUUGUG